AAUAGAUAAAGAAAAAUAAUGAGAGAGAGAGAGAGAGAGAGAGAGAGAGAGAGAGAGAGAGAGAGGAACCCUCAGCUCUGAACUCAAGAAAUAUUAAGUACAAGUAGAAAUGCAUCGAGAGAAUUUUCACAUUUUUCUGUGAUUUUGUACAGAUUCACUCACUCAAUAGCCCAAUCACUCUUUACUAUCUGAAUCCUAUCCUGUUUGGUUUCAAUUUCAAAACCCCAUUUUGCUGUUAUUGGAUGAAUUUAACUUGUUUUUGACAGUUGAUGAUUUAGAUGAGGGAAAGGGAAAAAAAAGAAAAAAAAAAGAAAGAGGUAGUUGAUGAUUUAUUUAACACGAACACAAAAUUUACCACUAUUGAUCGUUGUAAUGUUCGACUAGGCCGUUGGCCGUUGGAAUGGGAAUCAAUAUGUGUGACUUUGGAAUUUUUUUUUGAAGGAUUUACCCUUUUUUAAGUAGAGUUUCAUUAAGGGAGAAGAAGAGUGGUACAAUGAACUUGUCAGCAGCAGAGGCUGAUUCUGUAGCUAACAAGAAGCUCGGUGCUGAAGCAGCUUUGAAUCCGAAUGCUGCAGAGUUUGUCCCGUUUGCUCUAAGGUCACCGGCUACAAACAUGAAAAUUCUAGAGACGUCUCCAAAACUUACCGCAUCGGGAAAAUCUGUGUUAGAUAGGUCAGAGCCAUCAGUUUCAAAUACCUCCAACUCUGAAGAAGAGGCACAGCAGUACUGGUGUCACCAGCUCCCAGACGACAUCACUCCCGACUUUAAGCUGAUGGGGAUAGAUAACGAUGCCAACAUAGACUCAAGAUAUAUGUCUCUAACAAAUUGUGGCUUUACAUUGAAAGAUCAGCAAGCUUUUCCAGUUUAUCCCUUGGAUGGUAAUGCUCGUGCUGAAAAGCUGAGAUAUCCUGUCUCAUCCAUUGGAGAGUGUCUUCAGACGUCUUGGGACAGGAAAAUUCUCAGUGGCACUGAUGGCAGCACGAAUCAAGCUUUCGUGGCUGAAAUGUCGAAUGAGCAGUUAUUGUUGAACAAUGCGGACUUGUGCCGUCUUGAGUUUUUAGCCUCACAAUUUCCAUCUUUUUCUGCUGAAAGCAUUGCCGAUGCGUACUUGUCUAGUGGAGGUGAUCUGAACCUCACAAUCAACGUGCUUACUCAGCUCGAGCUCCGAGUUAACAGAGGCUCAACUCUUAGUCCAAAGGCUUUCUCCACUCCUAAUCUCAGCGCCUCGAGCCUUCCUCCUCCCCGUGUCCCAAAUGGUCAUAGUGGUUCAAGAAAGCCUGCUGGUGAAUAUCAGCAAAAUGUUAGGCCUAAUUGGCCUCCUGUCAAUAAUAGUUCUCGUCUUAUAAGAUCUUUCUUGAACAUCCCAUCACUAGCUGCUACAGAGUCUAGCAUCUGGAAAUAUGACAGAAACGGGUUAUCAGAUGCUAGACAAGUUCUGGCGAAGAGCAUUUAUGGCGAUAGGCUGCAAAGUCGGGGAUCACCUCUUACGUCUCCAGCCAGGCUUGACACCGGAAUAUCAUUUGCGAACAUGUAUCGUGAGAAGCGGGAGGAAGCUUGUGAUCAUGCACGUGUGCAUAAUGCAUAUAUCGAGCAGGCACGACAAGCAUACCUCGCUGGUAACAACACCCUAGCCAAGGAAUUGAGCAUGAUCGGACAGCUGCAUGGUGUGCAGGUGAAAGCAGCCAACGUUGAAGCUCAAAAAUCGAUCUACUAUCAUCAAAGGAAUUCGAAUAUCACGAACGGUGCAGAGCAAAUGAUCGACCUACAUGGUCUAAACGUGAGCGAGGCCAUUUUUGUGCUCAAAUGCGAGCUUGCUGUUCUAAGGAAUGCAGCAAGGUCAGUAGACCAACGAGUGCUCGUCUUGAUUGGUGUGGGGGCUGGUCAUCACACAUGGGGCUCGCCCACGGCUGCUAGACUUCCGGCUGCUGUACAACGCUACCUACUGGAGGUGGAGGGCCUCAACUACUCCGAGCCGCGGCCUGGGCUCCUUAGGGUUGUGAUAUACUGAACCAUCAAGGUUUAGGUGAAUUUUUUACACUUUGAAAUAGUUUGGGGGAAAAUGGAAUUUUUGUGGUGUGUAAAUGGGAGGAAAAUGUAGGGAAUUUUCUGCACAGGUGAAAAAGGUAACCCAAUUUUUUUUUGAACCAAUUGUUUUUGCUUUUUUAUAUGCAGACUUGCAUAAUAGAAUUCAUUCAAAUGAUAAACACACAAGCUUCUAAUCUCUCUCUCAAUAAAUACUGUACUUUUAUUUUA